AUGUUUACCACAGAAUUUUACAACCCUGAGUAUUGGGCCGACUUAUUUCAGGCAUCUGGUGCCAGAUAUGUUGUUCUAACAAGCAAGCAUCAUGAAGGUUACACAAAUUGGCCUUCCAAAGUUUCCUGGAAUUGGAAUUCUAUGGAUGUUGGUCCUCAUCGAGAUCUUGUUGGUGAGCUUGCAAAUGCAAUUAAAAAAAGAACAUCUCUUCAUUUUGGUUUGUAUCAUUCCUUAUUUGAAUGGUUCCACCCUUUGUAUCUUCAAGACAAAAAGAAAAAAUUUACAACCCAGGAAUUUGUCAAGAAGAAAACAAUGCCUGAACUGUACGACCUUGUUACAUUGUACAAACCAGAUGUAAUUUGGUCAGAUGGAGAUUGGGAAGCACCUGAUACUUACUGGAAUUCUACAGGAUUCUUAGCUUGGCUCUAUAAUGAGAGCCCAGUCAAGGAGACAGUUGUUGUUAAUGACAGGUGGGGACAGGGAAUUGCGUGUCAUCAUGGAGAUUUUUACACCUGCCAUGAUCGUUAUAAUCCAGGUAAAUUGCUGAAACAUAAAUGGGAAAAUGCCAUGACAAUCGAUAAAUCUUCUUGGGGUUAUCGACGACAAGCAAAAUACUCAGAUUACUACAGUAUCAAAGAACUUAUUAGCUUGCUGGCUGAAACAGUCAGCUGUGGGGGUAACUUGCUGAUGAAUAUUGGACCAACACAUGAUGGGCGAAUUGACCCACUAUUUGAAGAACGGCUACAACAGAUGGGCAAGUGGCUAAAUGUUAAUGGAGAGGCAAUUUAUUCAAGCAGGCCUUGGACUUAUCAAAAUGACUCCUACACAAAAAAUGUUUGGUAUACAAGCAAAACAUUCAACAACCAGACGACAGUUUUUGAACAUUUCAUUUUGACUGCCUCACCCAAUAUCACUUGCUUUCUUUCUUUCUUUCUUUCUUUCUUUCUUUAUUUCUUUCUUUCUUUCUUUCUCCCCUUCUUUUCUAUUCCCCCUUUCUUUAUUUGGUCUACUCAUUCUUUCAAUCAAUCCUUUUUCCUCUGGUUUCCUUUUUGUCUCUGUUUUAAUAUGGUCUUAUUGUCUAUUUUAUCUAUCUAUCUAUCUAUCUAUCUAUCUAUCUAUCUAUCUAUCUAUCUUUGCUGUUUUUUCUCCUGCUGUGUGGUUGAUUCAGUUUGUUUGCAGUUUGCUUCCUUGGUAACCCCUUCUCUUCUAUCUCCCUUUUCCUCUCUCUUCUCUUCUAUCUUCCUUUUCCUCUUUCUUCUCUCCUGUCAUUCCUUUUCUCUUUUCUCUUGA